AUGGUUUUCCGGUGGAUGGACUUGAGCGAUUGGUUGUCAUACAGGGCAACCGGGGAUGAUACUCGCAGUCUAUGCACCACUGUUUGUAAAUGGACAUAUUUGGGUCAUGCACACAUGCAACAUGUCGAUGAUAAAUUCUCUCGAGAUAUGGAAGCUUGUGGAUGGGAUGAUGACUUUUGGGAGGAAAUUGGUUUGGGUGAUCUUAUUGAAGGACAUCAUGCUAAGAUAGGACGAAGUGUUGCAUUCCCUGGCCAUCCUUUGGGUUCUGGUCUUACUCCUACUGCGGCAAAGGAACUGGGCCUGGUAGCAGGAAUUCCUGUUGGGACGUCACUAAUUGAUGCUCAUGCCGGUGGUGUGGGGGUAAUUGAAAGUGUGCCACAAUCAGAAGCUGAAGAAGAUGAUAAGGAUGCGAUUUGUAAUCGAAUGGUGUUAGUUUGUGGAACAUCUACAUGCCAUAUGGCUGUAUCGCAAAGCAAAUUGUUCAUUCCUGGGGUUUGGGGUCCGUUUUGGUCAGCAAUGGUACCAGAAUAUUGGCUAACUGAAGGUGGACAGAGUGCUACUGGUGCAUUAUUGGAUUAUAUAAUUGAAAAUCAUGCCGCUUCUGCACGCCUUGCAAAUCGAGCUGCUUCCCAACGCAAAUGCCUUAUGACUUAUUCUUUGCGCUUUAAUAUUUCAGAGAUCUCAGUGUUUGAGCUUCUGAACAAGAUGUUGGAAACAAUGAUGGUUGAGCAGAAACUAUCCUAUGUUGCUGCCUUGACUGAAGAUGUACAUGUUCUUCCUGACUUCCAUGGGAAUAGGUCUCCCAUUGCAGAUCCAAAAGCAAAAGGUGUCAUCUAUGGUUUGACACUUGACACAAGUGAGAAGCAGUUGGCUCUUCUUUACCUGGCAGCUGUGCAGGGCAUUGCGUAUGGCACACGUCACAUUGUAGAGCAUUGCAAUGCUAACGGCCACAAAAUCAACACACUACUUGCGUGUGGUGGCCUUUCAAAGAAUCCUAUCUUCAUUCAGGAACAUGCUGAUAUUAUUGGUUGCGCUAUAAUUCUUCCAAGGGAAAGUGAAUCUGUGCUCUUGGGUGCUGCUAUUCUGGGUGCAGUUGCUACAAGGAAAUAUCAUAACCUUAGUGAGGCAAUGAAAGCCCUGAAUGCACCUGGCCAGGUCAUUCAUCCAUCCAAGGAUCCAAAGGUCAAAAAGUACCAUGAUGCCAAAUACAAGAUCUUCCGCGGCCUUUAUGAACAGCAGCUCUCAUAUCGUUCCAUGAUGGCUCAAGCCUUAUCAUAG